CUUUCUUUUUCUUUUUUCUUUUUUCUUUUUGACAAUUAAACCAUUUUAUACCCCACUUAUUCAAUCAACAAAGCGAACGUUUUAUCAUUUAAGAAAAAUAAGAUGAAUGAAGAGAUGAACUCACGGCAACGAACAACUCAUACAACGAAACUGGAAACACUACGAGAAAAGAAGGCUGAAUUGGAAGAAUUAACGCGGAUCAAGGAUCUAAGUACACAACUUGUAUCCCACUUUGAAAGUUUGGCGAAGAAUGUACAAGAACUAUCCAAUGGUGCUCGAGGUGUUGCUACCGUGUUAAGUAAUUGGGAUCCAGUGUUUAGGACGAUGGGAUUGAUGAAUACUGAAACUAGACCAAAUCCCAAGAAUCCUACAAUAGUGAACUUACCCAUAGCUUCUGAUCGUUCUCAAUAGAUAUCGAAUUAUUGUGUGUAUAUAUAUCUUUUCUUUUUUUUUUUUUUCUUCAUAGCCGGGAUUUGAAAUCCUGCUACGAGCGA